AUGCUUAUUUUUCUUCUUCAUCUGCUCACUCUGCUUCCUACUAAUUUCGGGACCCCUUUACAGCACAUCUACCUAUCUCCGUCUCAGUUGCCAAGCUUACCAUCUUCUGCAAGGAAAAAUUCUCUAGAACACGUGUCCGCAGCGAGUAUAACUUCAAUGGGUACAUCAUUUGCUCCAUUUGUAGCAAAGCGGAGGUGGCGGUCUAAGCCUUCUUUGUAUUCCUCUACUGCACCUGCUCCUUCUCCAGCACCUCAAGGUGAACUUCCUAGUCCUGCUGGUAGUACCUUGCCAAGGCAUCACCACCACGCUCAUCGUGUGAGAACUCGUGUGAUUUCUCCAUCUUCUUCUGCUACACCUGGUUGUGGUCAAACUUGUGCGGAGCCAUUUACUUCAGCUCCAAUUGGCUCACCUUGUGCUUGUCUACUUCCAAUGAAAGUCAAACUUUUGCUGGGUGUAUCACCCUACCUUAUCUUCUCAGAGGUCAAUGAGCUAGCGAUUGAGGUUGCAGCAGGCACCUACCUAAUGCAAAGUCAAGUGAUGAUAAUUGGUGCUACUGCUGAUAGUCAUGAUCAGGGAAGAACAGUAGUUGAUAUUAAUUUGGUGCCACUGGGGGAUAAGUUUGAUAAUACAACUGCUAUGUUGACUUACCAUAGAUUUUUGCAUAAGAAGAUACCUCUAAAUAGGACCCUUUUUGGUGAUUAUGAAGUAUUACACAUUACUUAUCCAGGUCUCCCUUCUUCACCACCAUCUGGCAUUUUAUCUGGUGACGGUCCAAGUGGAAGUGCCGGAAAUCAGCAAUACCCUAUUACUGCAGAUUUAGUUGACAAAAAUCAGAAAAUGAGCCCUCGAGUAAUUUUUGUCAUUGCUUUGUCGGCAUUUGUACUCUUGGUAGUUUGUUGUACCACAGUUGCUUUACUAUUGAAGUGCAGGAAAGCUGGUAGACCAUCCAAUGCUGUUGAUCCAGUGUUUACAUCAUCUAUAAACAAAAGAUCUGGACUUGGUUCUGUGAGGUCAAGUAGCCCAGCCAGUUCAACAUCUGCGUCUCUUGUCUCUGCCAUGCCUGCAUCUGUUCUUUCUGUUAAAACAUUUAGACUUAUAGAGCUGGAGAAAGCCACUGACAAAUUCAGUUCAAAAAGGAUUUUAGGUGAAGGAGGUUUUGGACGUGUUUAUCUUGGGAUCAUGGAAGAUGCAACUGAAGUAGCUGUGAAAUUACUGACAAGGGACAAUCAGAAUGGAGACCGUGAAUUUAUUGCUGAAGUUGAGAUGCUAAGCCGAUUGCACCAUCGCAACCUUGUGAAAUUAAUUGGUAUAUGCAUUGAAGAACGUACACGCUGCUUGGUCUAUGAGGUUGUUCCAAAUGGCAGUGUUGAGUCCCACUUACACGGUGCUGACAAGAGCAAGGCGCCUCUUGAUUGGGAUGCACGAUUGAAGAUAGCUCUUGGUGCAGCGAGGGGACUGGCUUACCUUCAUGAAGAUUCUAAUCCUCGUGUUAUUCAUCGAGACUUCAAAGCCAGUAAUGUUUUACUAGAAGAUGAUUUUACUCCCAAGGUUUCUGAUUUUGGUUUGGCAAGGGAAGCAACAGAAGGAAGUCAUCAUAUAUCUACUCGUGUUAUGGGAACUUUUGGGUACGUUGCUCCUGAGUAUGCUAUGACAGGGCAUUUACUUGUUAAAAGUGAUGUUUACAGUUAUGGGGUUGUGCUAUUAGAGCUUCUCUCAGGAAGGAAGCCUGUGGAUAUGACUCAACCUCACGGACAAGAAAACCUCGUGACUUGGGCACGAUCUCUACUGACGAGCAGAGAAGGUUUGGAGCAAUUAGUGGAUCCCUCCUUGGCCGGGAGCUAUGAUUUCGAUGACAUGGCAAAGGUGGCUGCCAUUGCUUCCAUGUGCGUUCAUCCCGAGGUGACUCAUCGACCAUUCAUGGGAGAAGUAGUUCAGGCACUCAAACUCAUCUAUAAUGACGACACAGGCGAAACUUGUGGGGAUGCUUGUAGUCAGAAGGAGUCUUCAGCUCGUGAUUCAGACUACAAAGGUGAUUCCGUGCCUUCUGAUAGCAGUUGGUGGAAUGCGGGUGGGAUUACCCCACGGUUGACAUACGGACAUGCCUCGUCUUUCAUAACUAUGGAGUACAGUUCAGAUCAUCUUGAAGUGUUGGAAAGCAGAAGACAGUAUCCAGCUUCAGUUGAGGGUGGAGUUGCAUUGCCAAUAAGGCACGGUAAUAGAUCAGGUCCUUUGAGGACAGUCAGGAGUAACCGAGCUUUUUACAGAUUACAGGGGAGUAUGAGUGAACAUGGUGGGCUCCUCUCAAGACGUGCUUGGAAUGAUGGUCGCUAUUGUGUCGCCUCGCCUCAUUCUCUCUCCCUGUUCUACUCCGACGAACACCGUACGCAAGCCAUCGUUAUGUCACGACACUAUAUCAAUGUGCAGCGGCCUUUGCAGGCUACGAAGAUGAAGCUGUGUCGCACUCUCAAUGAUCUUCAUGGUGCUGCUAUGGAAGCAUCGUCACGACGCCCGUAUUUACGCGUUGCGAUGGCGGGUUGCAAGCUUUGCGGUGGCGGUUUGCAAGUCAUGGUUGCAAUUGGUAUUUUUCGGUGA